UUGUAGCGGUAUAAUAUUAUUAAUGAAAAUGAUGUUAUUAAAUUCCAUUUACUAGUUUUGUCCAAAAUGAAGUUAUUUUAUUUAUGUCCGUUAUUAAUGGGCAUAAUUUUAUUCGAGUUUCGACCAAUAAUGACGGCAUUUAACUUCUAUUUGCUAAAAGCUACAGCAAACAACUGCUUACAAGACAGAAGUAAUUUGUGGUUAGAUCUGGUGUACAAUGUCUCGAUUCCUCUACCCAACAGUAACAACUACUAUACGAUUUUUAGAGAGAUCACCGAGUCUAUGAACAUUACGGUACGCAGCAACAUGUACAAGAAAGUAAAAAAAGACUGGAAAUUGGAACCAGCCUUAUCGGGAAAAUCUAUCCGGACGUGUGCAUUUUUAAAAUAUGACAUAGCCUUAAUUCCAAUAUUCAGAUUGUUUGCAGAGAUAGGACAUUCGUGUCCUAUAAAAAAAGGUAAACGCCUAAUUUUUAACAACCAUAUUUCAAGUCCAUUCCAUCCGGUAUUCAUGCCUGGCUGCUGGAAUCUUACACUAGAAUGGCUUGACUCGAACAAAAAAGUUAUAACUUGCGUUUCGUUUGUAACGUUACAGUCAGUUGAUUCUAACUAUGAAGUCGACCGAAAUAAUUGUUAUUAAAAUAAGGACAACUGCAAUUUAUUUAAAUAAUAUUAUCUUUAAGUGCAAUAUUAACAAUUAAGUAUUAUAAUAAGA